UAUCUCUCUCUCAUCUCUGAGAUGGCCAAAGCGUUUCUUCUUGUUCAGCUCCUGCUGCUAGCUCUGAGCUUCUUGGCCCUCUCCUCCCAUGGCGAAGAGCUCGCAGCAGCAGUGACCAGCGACGCCGUGAGCCCUGUCCGCCCGCCCGCUCCUCUCCGACCCACCACCACCACCCAGGACACCACCACCACCACCUCGCCCCCGCCCCAGUCCCCUCCGCCGCCCAUGCGCCGGCCCCGCACCACCACCACCACCACCACGCCCAUGCACCGGUCCCCACUCCCAUGGCGCACCCUCCCCCCCCACCCGCCGGUCCACCCUCCGGCCCACCCUCCGGCCCACCCCCCAAUGGGCCCCAUGAGCCGGCGGUUCAUAGCCGUCCAAGGGGUGGUCUACUGCAAGUCGUGCAAGUACUCCGGGGUCGAGACUCUCUUGGGCGCCACCCCUCUCCUUGGUGCGGUGGUGAAGCUGGAAUGCAACAACACUAAGUACCGGCCCACCGUUCAGACGGCCAAGACCGACAAGAACGGCUACUUCUUCCUCAUGGCGCCCAAGACCAUCACCACCUUCGCCUUCCACAAGUGCAAGGCCUCGCUCGCCUCGUCGCCGCUCCCCACCUGCCGCCUCCCCUCCCCUCUCCACGGCGGCGCCGCCGGCGCGGUCCUCAGGCCCGAGAAGCCCGCCCUCAUCGACAACCUCCCCUACAUGGUCUUCAACGUCGGCCCCUUCGCCUUCGAGCCGCAGUGCAAGCCCUGAAAGCUGCUGCUCCGGCGUUCCGUGGUCGCUGUGAUGUUUCUGGAUGUGUUGAUGAGAGAACUUUCGUGUCUACUGAGACUUUUGGACCUCUCUCCCUGUGUAGGGUUUUUCUACUUUUUUAUUAGGAGGUUGAAGAUGAUUGAUGUGGUUUGAUGAUGGAUAGUGAGUGAGUUCGGUGCUGGCUUAA